AUGUCUUUUUUAAUUUCUUUUAUCUCUGAUCCUGUAUUAGUUUGUCUGCUCUGUGCAGCAGUAUUAUUAGCUGUAAUCUAUUUUACAACCGGCUCUAAAAAUUCAUCUUUUAAAUUGCCUCCUGGUCCAACUCCUCUUCCGAUCAUUGGUAACCUGCAUUUGGUGGAUAUUAGAAGGCAAGAUAAAUCUCUAAUGAAGCUUGCGGAAGAAUAUGGCCCGGUCUUCACCCUCCAUUUUGGCUUCCAGAAAGUUGUGGUCCUGACUGGGUACGAAGUUGUGCGGGAGGCGCUUGUGAACUACACAGAGGAGUUUGUAGACAGACCAUCCAUCCCAAUAUUUGACCAAAUUCAGAACGGAAACGGUGUGUUCUUCUCCAUCGGGGAGCUGUGGAGAACAACGCGGAGAUUCACCGUGUCCAGCAUGCGCAACCUCGGCAUGGGCAAACAAAUGAUGGAAGGGAAAGUCUUCGAGGAGCUUCACUUCCUUAUCGAGAUGAUCAAAUCCUUCAAAGGGGAACCUUUCAGCCUGAGGUCCUUCAACAUCGCUCCGAUCAACAUCACCUUCCUCAUGCUCUUUGGGGACAGGUUUGACUACAAGGACCCAACAUUUCUCACUCUCUUAAGGCUCAUAGAUGAAGUUAUGAUUCUUCUGGGAUCUCCAUAUUUGAAUUAUUUCAAUUUCUACCCGUUCCUUGGAUUUCUCUUCAAAACCCAUAAGAUUUUGCUUGAGAAAAUAGAAGACGUGCGCGCCAUUAUAAGGCAAUACAUGAAGGCAAGCAGGGAAGAUAUCAAUGAGAACAGUGUGAGGAGCUACACUGAUGCACUGAUAUUCAAGCAACACGAGGAGAAAAACAAGAAAGACAGCAUCUUCCACGAUGAAAACUUAAUAGCAUCCAUACUGGACCUGGUCAUGGCAGGAACAGAGACCACAGCCACGACACUCCAGUGGGCCAUCCUACUGAUGAUGAAGUACCCGGAGAUUCAGAAAAAGGUGCAAGAGGAGAUUGGAAGAACCAUCAAAGUUGGAACAUGGGCCACGUACGAGGACCGGAAGAACAUGCCCUUUACCAACGCGGUGUUACACGAAGUGCAGAGGUUUAUCACCCUCCUGCCCCACGUUCCCCGCUGCACUGCUGUUGACACCCACUUCAGGGGCUACUUCCUACCCAAGGGUAUAAUCGUAAUCCCAUCACUCACCUCUGUGCUGCUGGACAAGACGCAGUGGGAGACACCACACCAGUUCAACCCCAACCACUUCCUCGAUGCUGAAGGGAAUUUUGUGAAGAGGGAGGCUUUCCUGCCCUUCUCCACAGGGCGAAGGAACUGCAUCGGAGAAAGCCUGGCCAAGAUGGAGCUGUUUGUCUUCUUUGUAGGAUUGCUGCAGACAUUUACUUUCCAACCCCAGCCAGGAGUUUCAGAGUCUGACUUGGACCUCACUGUCCCCCAAACAACGUUCACGUUAAGGCCUCGGCCGCAGGCAACCUGUGCUAUCCUACGUGAAUAAACACUGCCUCACUGAAGAGCCCCCCAGGCAAGUGGGGAAGCUGCUAAGGCCCAACUUAGCUAGGCUAGGACUCGCCACCCCCAUCCUGACACAUCACACUCGUAUUUCCUUCUCGCUGUCUCCAACCACUCCCACUCCACUGCCCUCCAUCUCUACAUCUGCCCCACAGGUCACUGACCCGCUCGUUGGUCCCGAGCUGUGAGGGGGUGCAGACGAUCGAUGUCAAACCGUGAUUCUGGUUCACCAACACACACUUCUCCAGAGAGGGCGGCUGUGCCUGGAGCAGCUGGAAGGACCACGGAGGAUGUCUGGUGACAUGCAUGCAGUCCAUGAGAUGUAGGUGUGACACCCAGGCUCCCACAGCAAAGCAGCGAGGCUUGAUAACGUUGCAGAAAUCUGCCCCAAAUCCCUAGGAAAGACACACUGACACUCACAGGGAGUCCCAGAAAUAUGCCGUGGGUCACACAGUUGAACCAUCUGUAGGAACCUCCUGGACCAAGCUCUCCAACCAUCCAUAGCUUCUAGGCAAAUAAUAUCGGGCUAGGCAGCCAGAUCAAACACAGAGUGAAAAUUAACAGACCAGUUCACGUGAUUUGGGGAUGAAGUUCUUUAUGCCUUGGAACAGAGUCCUGAAAGACACCUCAAACUCUGCGAACCUGUUUAGAGAGCCAAGUGCUGCUACCACCAAGUUCAAUACUGCUUCACAGCCUGAAAGAAAGAAGACCUACAUUUCUGACAACGGUUAAUAUUUGUACCAGCAACUGAUCAUAAAAGGCUAAUGAUACAGGAAAAUAAACGAGACCAAUUUCUA